CUUUCCGAGGAUGAUAUCCGUCUGAAGACUGAGCGAGAUAACUGUAGUGCCAAGCUUCUGGAGCCUGCUCCCCGCUGUCUUUCUCCAGAUCCCCAAAAGAUGGAAAUUGAGGUCUCAGUUGCAGAAUGUAAAAGUGUCCCUGGAAUCACCCUGACCUCACAUUCCAUGGACCCCCCCUCCCCUUUCUAUUCACCCACACACAAUGGCCUCCUCACUGACCACGAAUCCCUGGAUAACGAUGUAGCCAGAGAGAUCCAAUAUCUUGACGAGGUGCUGGAAGCCAACUGCUGUGAUUCUGCUGUGGACGGAACAUACAACGGAACUUCCUCCCCAGAGCCUGGUACCACCAUCCAGGUGGGCAACCUGAGCCCAUCUGGCCACCCAGAACCCAUCGAGAGAGCAACUGACAGGCAGGUACCUCCUCACAUUGAACUCAGUAAAAGUAACUUCGACGCCAUGGCAGAAGGUGAACGAGCAAACGGUCACCCUGCUGACCAGCCCCGAGACCUGCUGGGAGAUGGCCUGCAGGCCCCCGUGAGCCCCAGCUCCUCCACCAGCUCCCGCUGCUCUUCCCGGGAUGGGGAGCUCACACUCACCACAGUGAAGAAAGAGGCCAAGUUUGAGCUGAGGGCCUUCCAUGAAGACAAGAAGCCCUCCAAGCUCUUUGAGUACGAAAAGAAUGCGAAAGAGCAGUUCUAUGUCAGAAAAGUGAGGCCCUCCGAAGAGAUGCUGGAGCUGGAGAAGGAAAGGCGAGAACUCAUCCGGAGCCAGGCAGUGAAAAAGAACCCCGGCAUCGCAGCCAAGUGGUGGAACCCUCCCCAGGAGAAGACCCUCGAGGAGCAGCUGGAUGAGGAGCACUUGGAGUCGCAUAAAAGGUACAAGGAGCGCAAGGAGAGAAGGGCGCAGCAGGAGCAGCUGAUGCUGCAGCAAUUGCUACAGCAGCAGCAGCCCCCACCCCAGCCCUGCACGACCCCCGCCGCCUCCGGGGAACACUCAGCCAUGACUGAAAAUGCAAAGGAUGACAUCGUUACAGAGCAGAUAGAUUUCUCUGCUGCUCGGAAACAGUUUCAACUGAUGGAGAAUUCCAGGCAAGCGGUGGCCAAGGGCCAGAGCACGCCCAGGCUUUUUUCUAUUAAGCCCUUCUGCAGGCCUCUGAGCUCAAUCAACUCGGACAAGCCAAUGACUAUCUCCAGGCCAGCUUCCGCUGGGGGACCUCCCGACGACGGUGCUGCCGUUGCAGCCAAGGGGCAGAAAGCCUGUGCUUCGGAGGGCCAGUUGGCAGGCGGAGGCCAGGGCAGCACGGCUCCUCAGGGAAAAGAAGGGCCCUACACCGAGCCCUCCAAGCGCGGACCCUUGUCUAAACUGUGGGCGGAGGAGAAGGAGUUUACGAGUGCCCGCGCAGUCCUCACUGUGGUCAAGGAUGAGGACCAUGGGAUUUUGGAUCAGUUCUCAAAAUCAGUCCAUGUCUCUUUGACCCCAGAGGAGCUCGACUCUGGUUUGGAUGAAUUAUCAGUGAGGUCCCAGGAUACCACCGUCCUGGAGACGCUGUCCAACGACUUCAGCAUGGACAACAUCAGUGACAGUGGGGCCUCCAAUGAGACAACCAAUGCGCUCCAGGAAAACUCACUGGCUGAUUUUUCUCUGCCCCCGACUCCCCAAACUGACAACGCCUCAGAGGGCCGAGGAGAAGGUGUCUCCAAGUCAUUUAGCGACCAUGGCUUCUAUUCUCCCUCUUCCACGCUGGGAGACUCCCCAUCGGUCGACGACCCUUUGGAAUACCAGGCUGGUCUCCUCGUGCAGAAUGCCAUUCAACAAGCCAUUGCGGAGCAAGUCGAUAAAGCGGGGUCUAAAACCUACAAGGAUGAGGCGAGACAACAAGAACCUGCACCAGCUCUGGAGGAGGCACCAACUGGGCCCUCCAGCUCAGAGAAGCCCCGGAACAUGUUUGAACCACCUCAGGUGUCCUCUCCUGUUCCAGAGAAAAGGGAUGUAUUACCAAAGAUUCUGCCUGCCGAAGACAGAGCCCUCAGGGAAAGGCAGUCCUCCCAGCCCCUGCCCGCCGUGCAGCCCAGUGGUCCAGUAAACAUGGAGACCAGGCCAGAAGGGAGCUACUUUAGCAAAUACUCAGAGGCAGCUGAGCUGAGAAGCACAGCCUCCCUCCUAGCCACGCAAGAAUCAGAUGUGAUGGUGGGGCCCUUCAAGCUAAGGUCCAGGAAGCAGCGGACUUUGUCCAUGAUUGAAGAGGAGAUCCGGGCAGCCCAGGAAAGGGAAGAGGAGCUGAAGAGGCAGAGGCAAGUUCUGCAGAGUACACAGAGUCCCAGGGCAAAGAACGCACCCUCGCUGCCCUUCAGAACGACGUGCUACAAAACUGCCCCAGGGAAAAUAGAGAAAGUCAAACCUCCUCCAUCCCCCACAACUGAAGGCCCCAGCUCGCAGCCUGACUUAGCCCCCGAAGAGGCUGCCGGAUCCCAGCGGCCCAAGAAUCUGAUGGAGACCCUCAUGGAAGACUAUGAGACACACAAAUCUAAAAGGCGAGAGAGAAUGGAUGAUAGUAGUUACACCUCUAAGUUACUGUCUUGCAAGGUCACUUCUGAGGUCCUUGAGGCCACGCGGGUGAAUCGAAGAAAAAGCGCACUGGCCUUGCGCUGGGAGGCAGGCAUCUAUGCCAACCAGGAGGAGGAAGACAACGAAUAA